AUGGUGACUAAAACCCACGGCAAUAGAGAUUUUGGUGACUUGAAAGCAAUGCCCAAACCAAGGUUAAAACAGGGAGAUCUGUUAGCAGUGAUCGGACCGGUCGGCGCCGGCAAAAGCUCACUAUUAAUGACAAUAUUACAAGAGCUGUCGGUGUUUGAAGGGAGCAUUCAAACGGUGGGAUCAAUAAGCUAUGCCUCUCAGGAGCCCUGGAAUUUUAAUAAUAGUGUCAGAAAUAAUAUACUCUUUGGUACCGAAUAUAAUGAAUCCCGAUAUAAGCGAGUGGUAGAGGUGUGCGCUUUGAAGAGGGAUUUCCAGAUAUUUCCGUUCGGAGACAAGACAUUAGUCGGUGAGAGAGGGGUAUCGCUAUCGGGGGGACAAAAGGCCCGCAUCACGUUAGCCAGAGCUCUGUACAGGAAUUCAGACAUCGUAUUAAUGGACGACCCGUUGAGUGCUGUCGACACUAGUGUUGCCGAACAUAUAUUUGAUAAGUAAUGCAAUGAUUGUUAUAAUUAUAAUUACAAAUAAGUCUCACAUAUAAU